AUGACUCGGACUAUCGGCAAGAUGUGGGAAAAGUACUGCCUACGACCUACUCAGGGUACUGUCUCCACCAUCCCAGUCUUCGUCUACGGCACAGCCUGGAAGAAAGAGCGCAGCGCCGAUCUAGUCUAUAAUGCAAUCCAAGCCGGUUUCCAAGCUGUGGACACAGCAGCCCAACCCCGCCAUUACCAAGAGCAUCUCGUUGGUGAUGGCAUCCGCAGAGCAAUUGCCGAUGGGAUCGUCGGGCGAGCCGACUUAUACGUGCAAACCAAAUAUAGCCCUGUGUCAGCACAGGAUCCGGCCAAUAUGCCCUAUGACCCGUCAGCAACAGUGACGGAUCAGGUCCAUGCAUCUAUCAAAUCAUCAUUGCACAAUCUUCGCUCAAAAGUUGAUCCUGACUCCGUGGAUGAGACCUACAUUGAUACCGUAAUCAUCCAUUCGCCACUGUCGACUUUAGCCCAGACCCUGGAAGCCUGGCAUGCCCUGGAGACUUAUGUCCCUCAUCGCAUCCGCAAUUUAGGUAUCUCUAACUGUACAUUGCCUAUCCUCCGCGAGUUGUGUGUAUCAUCCCAGACAACCGUGAAGCCAUCGGUGGCACAAAACAGAUUUUACGAGGAUACUCUGUUCGAUGUCCCCUUGCGCGCAUUCUGCCGCGAGAAUCAGGUGAUAUACCAGAGUUUUUGGACAUUGACGGCGAACCCAGGCCUCGUGCGCUCUGAGCCAGUGCAGCAGCUUGCUCGCCAUGUUAACAUAACUCCGGCUGCUGCUUUUUAUACGCUUGUUAUGGGCUUGAAGAAUGUGGCGGUGCUGAAUGGGACCAAGAAUGAGUCGCGCAUGAAGGAAGACUUGUCUGCUCCUAAAAAGGUUGAAAACUUCACGCAGAAGCAACCUGAGUUGUGGCAACAGAUUCUGACGGACUUCCGGGGAUUGAUCGGGGAAUCCACAUAG